CCUGCGUGAGCGUGCCGCGGAGACGGACGCGGUAGCUCUAGCGGGGCGGCCGAGCAAGGCUCUGUGGCUUGUGGGGUGCCCGGCCCCUCCCCCGCCCCCCUCGGCUGCUUGCGGCACCGGGCACCACAGCGAGGCCGGGGCCGGGCAGCCGUUGGGGGCCAGGAGCCGCCGGUAUCCGCCCCGCUUCCCCGUGCGGCUGGGGCCCCCGCGGGCCGCCGCGAUGAAGUGACAGCGGGCGGGCUGUGCAGUGCGGCUGCCGGGCGGCCCCCUGUGCCCGCGGGGAGCGGGUGGCGCUGCCGGCGCGGACCCGAGCCGAGCGGCCGCGCCAUGAGCUACCAGCAGCAGCUGGCCAACUCGGCAGCCAUCCGCGCCGAGAUCCAGCGCUUCGAGUCCGUGCACCCCAACAUCUACUCGGUCUACGAGCUGCUGGAGCGGGUGGAGGAGCCGGCGCUGCAGGGCCAGCUCCGCGAGCAUGUCAUCGCCAUCGAGGAUGCUUUUGUAAAUAGCCAGGAGUGGACACUAAGUCGAUCUGUACCAGAACUGAAAGUGGGAAUUGUGGGGAAUUUAGCUAGUGGCAAGUCUGCACUUGUGCACCGGUAUCUGACUGGCACAUAUGUCCAGGAGGAAUCUCCUGAAGAUAUGGAUGCAGGUGGGAGAUUCAAGAAGGAGAUAGUAGUUGAUGGACAAAGCUAUCUGCUGCUGAUUAGAGAUGAAGGGGGCCCUCCAGAGGCACAGUUUGCCAUGUGGGUCGAUGCUGUUAUAUUUGUCUUCAGCUUAGAAGAUGAAAUAAGCUUCCAGACAGUUUACCACUACUACAGUCGUAUGGCUAACUAUCGUAACACUAGUGAAAUCCCAAUGGUACUAGUGGGAACCCAAGAUGCUAUAAACUCUAAUAAUCCACGUGUUAUUGAUGAUGCCAGAGCAAGAAAGCUGUCGAAUGAUUUGAAGAGAUGCACUUAUUAUGAAACCUGUGCUACUUACGGGCUGAAUGUGGAAAGGGUCUUCCAAGAUGUUGCCCAGAAGAUUGUGGCAACAAGGAAGAAACAGCAGCUUUCAAUAGGCCCCUGCAAAUCUUUACCAAACUCUCCAAGUCACUCGUCUGUGUGUUCUGCCCAGGUUUCUGCUGUACAUAUCAGCCAGACCAGUAAUGGAGGAGGGAGCUUAAGUGAUUAUUCCUCCUCUGUUCCAUCAACUCCAAGCACCAGUCAGAAGGAGCUACGGAUUGAUGUUCCUCCCACUGCCAACACUCCAACACCCGUUCGUAAACAGUCCAAGCGCCGCUCCAACCUCUUCACGUCUCGGAAAGGGAGUGAUCCAGACAAAGAGAAGAAAGUCCUGGAGAGCAGAACAGAUAGCAUUGGAAGUGGCCGUGCAAUCCCAAUUAAACAGGGUGUGCUGCUAAAGCGAAGUGGCAAGUCAUUGAAUAAAGAGUGGAAGAAGAAAUACGUUACCUUGUGUGACAACGGUGUACUGACUUAUCAUCCCAGUUUACAUGACUAUAUGCAGAAUGUUCACGGAAAAGAAAUCGACCUUUUGAGAACUACUGUGAAAGUGCCAGGAAAGAGGCCACCUCGAGCGACGUCAGCUUGUGCACCCAUCUCCAGUCCCAAAACGAAUGGCAUGUCCAAAGACAUGAGCAGUUUACACAUCUCUCCUAAUUCAGGAAAUGUGACUACCAGUACAUCUGUGUCUCAGAUGGCAAGUGGGAUCAGUCUAGUCUCCUUCAACAGUCGCCCCGAUGGUAUGCAUCAGCGCUCCUACUCAGUUUCCAGUGCUGACCAAUGGAGUGAGGCGACAGUCAUUGCAAACUCUGGCAUCAGCAGUGAUACUGGUUUGGGAGAUUCUGUGUGUUCAAGUCCAAGUAUAUCCAGCACCACAAGUCCCAAACUGGAUCCUCCUCCCUCCCCUCAUGCCAACAGAAAGAAACAUCGUAGGAAGAAAAGCACGAGCAAUUUUAAAGCUGAUGGUAUCUCAGGCACUGCUGAAGCCAAACGCAAAGCAUGGAAACUAAACCGUGUUGGUAGCCUGCGAAAUAUAUACAGCAGCAGCAGCACCAACACUGAAGAACAAGAAGAAAACUUUGAGUUUAUUAUCGUUUCCCUCACCGGCCAGACGUGGCACUUUGAAGCAACUACAUAUGAAGAAAGAGAUGCGUGGGUACAAGCCAUAGAGAGUCAGAUCCUGGCCAGUUUACAGUCAUGUGAGAGCAGUAAGAAUAAGUCCCGACUGACAAGUCAGAAUGAGGCCAUGGCCCUUCAGUCAAUAAGAAACAUCAGAGGCAAUUCUCACUGUGUGGACUGUGAGGCACAAGACCCUGACUGGGCCAGUCUGAAUCUGGGAGCCCUCAUGUGUAUCGAAUGCUCAGGUAUACACCGGAACCUUGGCACGCACUUGUCACGUGUACGGUCACUUGACCUGGAUGAUUGGCCUAUAGAACUCAUCAAGGUGAUGUCAUCCAUUGGGAAUGAGUUAGCAAACAGUGUCUGGGAGGAGAGUAGCCAGGGACGUAUGAAACCGUCUUCAGACUCCACAAGGGAAGAAAAAGAACGCUGGAUACGUGCUAAAUAUGAACAGAAGCUCUUCCUUGCACCGCUGCAGUGCCUGGAACUUUCUUUAGGCCAGCAUCUGCUACAAGCUACAGCUGAUGAGGACUUGCGGACUGUCAUCCUGCUCCUGGCCCAUGGAACCCGGGAAGAAGUGAAUGAGACCUGCGGAGAUGGGGAUGGGCGCACAGCCCUUCACUUGGCAUGUAGGAAAGGAAAUGUAGUGUUAGUUCAGCUCUUAAUUUGGUAUGGCGUGGAUGUUAUGGCCCGUGAUGCCCAUGGGAACACGGCUUUAGCCUAUGCCAGGCAAGCCACAGGCCAGGAAUGCAUUGAUGUUCUCCUGCAGUAUGGCUGCCCUGAUGAGCGCUUUGUUCUGAUGGCUACUCCCAAUUUGUCCAGGAAGAACAAUAACAGGAACAACAGCAGUGGAAGAAUGCCCACCAUCAUCUGAGGAACGUGCUCAUUUCUUCACUGACCUGAGUAACAUCCGCAGCCUCAUACUGCUCCAUUUUCUUCACAGCUCUGACCUGUGAGUCUUAUACCUCCGCAUCUCCCCUUUCCCCUCAAUCUCUGUCCUCUCCAGAAAAAUCACAUCUGGACAGUGUGAAGUGACCAGAGGAGAAAAGGGGGCUGCAGAAACCAUUUAUUUUAAUAAAAGGUCUUGAAUAAGGAAAACUGAAAAAGAGAGGGUUUGUGAGAGAGAGUGGUUGUGAGGUCUCUAAUUAUAGCACGACAUGGGACCAUUUUACUAGUUGUCUUUAGACAGAGGUUCUAGAAGUGUUGAAAGAGAGGUUGGAGGGAGAAGAAAGGAGGAGGAAGAGGAGAAGAAAGAAGAAAUGGUAACUUUCCUUAACUGACAGUUAAGCAUAUCAGUACAUUUCACCUCUACCAAACGGAACACUUGGAUUUCAUUCUCUUCUCCGAAGAGCUUGACGGCAUAAAUCAGAAGCAAGCACAGAGUUUGUCAGGUUUGAAGUUCCUAUGAUGGUAUGUGUCAAAUCAGUUGUAGCUAAUCUGUCCAGGGAGAAUACUGGCUUCAUUACACUUGUAUAGUUGAGUUCUUCCAGCAUUACUGCUGUUUAAUAGAACAUGAUUAGUCAUCACGGAGAAAAAAGCAUAUUAGCUGAGGAGGUAGUUACAUGGCACGCUUCGGUGAUUGCUUGGAUGUGAUUGCAAUAUUCUUAGAAGCAUCAUAUUAUCUCAGACAUGUUCUUUCAAGCCCUUGGAGCCCUCCUUUCUAAAUUCACUGUCAUAAUUUAGUAUCUGUUUAAUUUUUCAGUCCAAAGAGAGGAAAUCGGUUGCUGAGUGUUAUUUGACUGCAGUCUCCUUGGUGUAAAAACAAAAUGGAAAAAAUAAAUAAGAAUAACUAUGAAACACAAAAAGAAAUAAUGAAUACUGCUAAGGAAAAACAUUUCAAGUACAUUUAGUAAAAUAAAUAAAUGCAUUAAAGGCUACUAUUUUUUUCAGUCACAAGAAAUAUGUUAUGUCAUUUUGCCAAGUAAGUGUGUUGAGUUUUUUGAUCUCUCUUGUGAUGCAUUGCCUAAAUUAUACAGAUUUUGUAUUGUGUCUUUAGAUUAUAUGUAUGUAAAAUCUAUUUGAAUAAACAAGUUCAUAAAUAUGCAUUGAUUUUUGUACAGACAAAUGACACCUCUGUUAAUUUAUAAAGUAUAAUGGAUGUGAACGAAAUAAUGUGCAAGUAGUUAGGAUCUGAGGUUUACAGAUAAUUGCACAUUGAAAAUAUUCCCAGCAGUGAACUGUAUUUCCAUUUGUUUGAUGCAAACCUUUGAAGAACAUAUCGGAAUGAGAGGAUGGCAUAUUUGGCUUACCAAAAAAAGGUGUACAGAAUCUAUUAGGAAGAAAAGGAGGAUGUCUCUCAGUAGCGUAAACAUAUUUUACAUUAGAAGCUAUGAUGCUUUCACAGACCGAGACACAGCCUGGGGGUGGGAGGAGAGAUCAGAUUUGUCUAAUAGCUAAACUUAAUGUCGUUCUCUGAGGUGGGCAUGGCCUGGCUCCUUUGACUCUCAACUUGGCUGCUUUAUGGUGCAACAAUGAUUUGUGGAAGGAGUUUGGACAGUUCAUCCAUCUGCCAGUUUUAAUACUUGAUUCAAUAUUUUGAUAGCACUAGACUGAUGCUGGUUUCUGAAGUCUUCUAAAAACUGAAAUUGUGGCACAGAGAAGUAGAUUGCAAGGUUUCUGGCAAAAAGAGAAGUGAUUUUUAAGUAGCAUAUGGUAAUAUGAAGGUGGGAGAAGGGUGUAUUUCAGAGAAAGUUGAAAUCUGAUCCGAAUCGUGGCAGAGGAACAAGUGCAUGAAGUUGGUCAGGUGCACACAGCACACAAAUUUGCUCAUCUGCCUGAUCUUCUUGUAUUUCAUGAGUUUCUGCACUUCCUGGGGCUCUGUAUGUCUGUUCAGGUCAGAAUGGGAAAAGAAAAUAAUAAAAUGUAUGUGGACAAAAUGCGGGGGGGGGGGGGAUUUUAUAUCCCAUGGGUGUCCAAAAGGGGCAGGUUUGGCCCAAAAGCCAUAGUGAUCAGGUGAGAGAAGCCCCAAGGGCUCAAGCAGGUGGACAUUGAUGGGCUUUCCUGGUCCUUUAGAAUUCUGCUUUUAUGCUUUGUUGCAAUAGGGACAUUUAAAGGUGAAUGGAAAAAGCUUUGUGUUCAUUUUACCAGCCUAAGCUGGCAGCAUCAUGGGUGCACAUGUGCAUUCAAAAUGAUAAAGCUAUUUUUUGUUUUUUUUAAAGUAGUUUGCAUCAUGGUGCCUUCUUUACUCACAAUCUGCCAUCUGGACUUAGAUAUUGACAGUUGUCUUCCUCCAACCUUGGAUGACUUCGCUAACAUCUAGAACCGAACAUGAAACUGCACACUCAGCAUUCUGCUGCUGGGUGUUGGUGAUUUUACCAUCUGUGGCAGGCGACUCAGUAACCUGAUCUCAAGUCUCUUGGCAGGCCAGUGAAGUAGAAAUUGAGAGUCUGAUUUCCAAAAGUGCUAACCAGCCCGCCUCUGUUUAAAAUACUUUGUUUUAAAACAAGUUGCCAUUUUUAAGCCUACAACACAAAUGCUUUUAAAAGCUGGUAUUCUUCUAGGUUUAAAAUGCUUUUCCAUUCACCUUUCAAUUAUCUCUUUAAACCAGUCUUCCUAGCAUGAAACACACAAGGGCAUUGAGAAAUAAGGGGAACCGGGCUAAAUUGUAACAGGUUUCUGACAUUGUAGAGGUCCAUCAUAUCCUUCUGUGGUAAAGGAGGACAUUCAGAAAUUGUAGCAAAGGAGUCUUUAGAAAAGGAAACUCUACUGUAUCAUAGGAAGGAUGGUUUAUUCAGACAAACAGAAUAUUAACACACUACUUUAGAUAAAGCAGUAACACAGUUGUGUUUAAAUUAGCACAUCUUUUUCGUAGACAUAUUAGUAAGGGAUGAUAAUAGCAAUGUAGACCAGUGCUUUUGUAGAAUAUGAGAUAGCUUACCUCUUUCUAGUGGCAUAUCCCAAAAGUCAAGGGAUGUCUGCAGGGAAGAUAUACAGCCCAUCCACUUGGUGGCAUUCUCUGUGAAAGACUGGGAAGGCCACCCAUACAUUGUCCCUGGAGACAAUGUAAUGCUUACUAGAUGUGGAAGGCUUGUCAUUGCUUUGAUAGAUGUGGUUUAGGCCCUGACAAAGCUAUGUUUUUUGUGCUAUCUAAUAUGCAUACCUGUAACCAAUUCCCCCUCGCCUCCCAUUGAGAUGUGAGCAGUAGCAGAAGUGUUAAUGAGGCACAAGCUAUCAUAUGUGAGCAGAUUCAGGUAUAUUUGUCUCCCAGGAAGUUUGCAUCCUCAGGUACAUAUUCAAGGAAGAUUGGUCAGAAAUGGCUGGAAAGGGGUAAGGCAUUGCUUGGCCUUUGGUCUCUAGGACUCACCGUGAGAGGCAAUGUGACAAGAUCAGGCCAGUGUGAAUACCAUCCCCUGCUUGUUGCUAGCUCUCUGUCUUGUACAGUGUAAUUAAUAUGCACUGUACUUAAAGAAACAACAAAAAUCUUCUUACCUGGUGUUCCAGUCUCUCUCCUAAGUUUAAAGCUAAGAAAAGUCUCAUGUUUUCCUUUGUAAGAUAGACCCCAUUUUACUUCCUUCACACACUAGGGUACAAGGUGCCCAGAGCUGAUGUUUAACAAAUAUUAGCACCUGUUAGUCAUCUCCCAGAUAUCCAGCAGAUCUAGUCUGACUUGGAUUGGCAUUAGAAACUGAGAUUUGUUGACACUACGCGCUUAUAGGUGAUGUGGUAGCAUUUUGCAGAGGGUGAUCCUGACCCCACCAAGACAUUGAAACACAAAGGAAUACAGUAAGACUUCUAGACUCCACGGUAAUUUUUUUUACACUAAUUCUGCUCUUUUAACCUGUCCACUUCAGUUCCUCACUUUUGCUUUUAGCCCCUCUUCUUGCAAUUCUGGAACCCACUUGCCAGAAUGUUUACGCCUUUUGAGCGUGUUAGGAGCAACUUAAAAACCAAUUGAAGGCCAGGCAAUAAGAAAUCCCAACAGAAACAUGCUGGGGAGCUAAAUCUUCUCAAAUAAAUAUUUCUCAAAUAAUGGAGAUCCAUAAUGUCACCCAUUCAACCCUUUUCCUGCUCCCAUUAUCUUCUUUCCUAUCUCCUCUGCAGUUUAUCCACAAGUAAUAAGACACUAAAAUCAAAGCCAUCUUUGCUUUUAGCAUUGGCGUUUCCAUUCUAUUUAUUUGAAUCCAAUUGCUGUUGAACCAUAGAGAUGAGCCUGAUGUACAACACUGGGGUCUUGAUGUUCCCAGAGUUUGGAAGGCUGUUUCUCAUCUUGUAGACAGAGGGGCCAAAUCCAAACUUCUGGAAAGUUUUAGGAUUUUCCAGAUCAAGGGGUUUGGUCAGGGAUCCUCUCUGUUUAAUAGAUUUCAGUUUUAUUGCUAAAUGGGGGCAGAAGAAUAAAUGUGUCUUGAAAGUGUUGGUGCAUUCUGGUUCACAUGCCAUUUAGAAAGCUGUUUAACUAUUCAUUGGGAAAGGGAGAAGAUUUUUAGGCAUUGCUACUUAGGUACAGUGUAUAACUGCUGUGUAAAUAUUAAUACUGUUUAUUUUGCAUCUCUUUCCCCCACCUCCUUCAAUUAUACUUUGUAGGGAGCAAAGAGCUUCCCCUUCACUUGAUAUGAGAUUUGCUCAUGGGAAGGGGAAGUUGAGUAAAAUAGGAAAGAAGCUAGAGAGAGAAUACAUAAUGUUAAAUACACUCCCCUAACAAUUGUAUCUAGCACUACAAUGUACCAUUAUUCACGGGGUCUGCACUGAGGGUCCAAUUUGUUGCUAUUUUCAUCUUUUAUAUUUGUAAGGUGAUCAGUGAAGUAAUGUGUGGGUUUAAUAAAGUAGUAGUAGCUAAGACAAGCACAGAUUUCACAAAAGAUUUCUAAAUAAGUGGAUUCCUUCACUACUGUCUCGGGGAGCCAUGUUUGCACCCCAAGAGGGAACAGGUGUUCAUUCAAACUAUUGCUACUCUACUUUAAGAAUUCAAAUGUAGGGGGACCAAAUUUGGGGCAGUUUAGUCCUUGCUUGGGAAAAUGCUGAUGAUUCCCUUGUUCAUGUUUUAUAUUAAAGCACCUUUAUUUUCCCACAGUGAGCUGCUUUUGUCAUUAGUGUGGGGGAUCUCUGACCUUUGCUUCAUUAGUCUCGGACCCCUGAUUUAUUUUAACUUCUCUUCUUCCAUUUUUGUAGAUUUGUCGUUUAGAAAGGCAAUCUUUGGCAUUUUAUCUGUUUGCUCCAUGUAAAAGCACUCCAGGUCACAAUGCUUUUUGAUGAAAGAAUAAAAUAACACUAAUAAAUCUCAAGUUUGAAGUUGUGUUUUUCAGAUCAGGGUUUACCUCUUGCAUAUUGAACUACAAGAAGAAGAGUGGUUCAGUAGUUUUAGUUUGAAAGGGCUCUCCCAUUUGGAAAAGAUACAGAUUACAGAGCCAAUUAUACAAGCCGUCGAUUUGUCAUUUGACCAUGUCUGGUUUGGUUGUCAUGAGCCAGGUUUAUUUUAGGUCACUGGUGCUCCCGUCUCAUGGCGCCAAGCUUCAUUUGACUGAGUUCACGUCACAUAUUUUAAGCAGAGGAGAUAAGGGGGUUUCAGCAGCAAUUAGUCAUUUUGGGUACAUCCAUUGGGAAUUUCAGAAGGCUGGGUGCCCAACACGCCCUGAAAAUAGGGCCCUCAGACUGGGUCCCCAAAAUCGCCAGUCGCUUUUUUGGAAAUCGUGGCUUUUGCUGUUUUAUUUCAUGUGACAGCAAUAUGUGGGUGAAUUCAUUCCCUAUACUUGUCCUCUGAGCAUUUUAGGGACUUUUGUUUAAUGGGCAGAUAAAAAUAAACAUCCUUCAAUGUUUUAACAUGGUUAGCUUUCUUAUUUACAUCUAACGUUUCCAGCACGUCCACUUGACAAAGGUGAGAUUCACUGACUCUCAAAAGUUUCGUCUUCUCUUUUGGCCGCCAACCGCUGGGUGUUUGUAUUGAAUGCCCACUGCUCAAAGUUCUAACAGCUGAGGUUUUGUCAGUGCUCCAGAGCUAGUCACUUUCAAUGUAGUAUGAAUGUUAGAUUAAAAUGUGAGGGAGAAAGUGGUGUGGGGUGUUAUAAAGGUUUUAUUGGCAUGAGUUUGGAAUGACCGUAUCAUUGACCAGCAGUGAUAACACCAUCAGGUACUUUAUGUGGCCACAUAUUUUACAGAAAAACUGAUCAAUGAUUUCUGGUUUCUGCAAAUAUCAAUGGUACAAUUUUUCUUGUAUCCUUCCACCUUUAAAGCUAAGUUGUCUAAGUCAAGGUGGAGGAUGGGAAAAAGGAAUACAUUUUAGAAACCUCUUGAAAUUAUCUAAAACUUUUUAUAAGUCAUAAUAUUGCAGCUUUAGUCUGAAAUUUCGUGUCUUGUCACAGCUAUAAACAGAUGCUCUAUCUGAUUAGAAAAUUGGGUCAGUCCUUGCUCCUCUCCAGUAGCAUUUAAUCUUUUCCUAGUCUUGAUGGACCACAAGAUAUGGGACCUUAAACCUGCCACUGGUGGAGGACUUAACAUUGCCGAAACUGGAUAAGGCCAGUGUAAUUCUCAAAGCUAAUUCGACAGUUAAGGUGGGGGGAAUGUGCAGCAGGUUAAUUGUGGGGGGUUUUUCUUAUACAAAUGUAAUGGUGGUUGUUUGGCAAGCAGCUCAGUGAUUUGGAAUCUUAGAAUGAGACCCAGUAGAGUUAGAUUAUUACUGGGCAGAGUGCAGGAGAAACUGGCAAAGUUGCAAGAUAUAGGCAAUGGAUGGAUACUACUAAAUGUAUGAAACAAAAAUAUUCUGCAGUCUGUGUAUGCAUAUGUUAAUAUAUACAUAUAUGCUAUAUAUAACACAUGCGAUAUAAUUUUAUAUAUAGUGUGUGUACAUAUAUUUACAUAUAUGCAAAUCUAUAGUGAGUGCCAGGGUUUCAGUUAGGUGUGCAUAACUGCAUAUUUUCACAUUCCUAAUUUAUAUGCGUGAAUAUGUGCAUGCAUGAAGCAGGUGUCUGCAAGCAUAAAUGAGGCAUGCACAGAACUGUGGCUGCCCAGUCAACAGUAUACACUGUGUAUGUGGAUAUAAUUAGGCAGAAAGAGACAUAGACAGUGGUACUUUUGGGUGCCCAUUGAACGUAGGGGGCUCUUAGUUCAGAUGAUGGUGAGGCAGACAACUGGUUGUGAGCAUCGAUUCAGCUCAUUCAGAAGACUCCUUCAAACUAUAGGUGCACGCAGUGUCUUUAUCAAAAAAACCCCAAACUCACCACUCGUCGCGGGAUAUGCCAACUCUACCGUGAUUUAAAAUGGCAUAGUCAGCCCACUGGGUUAACCGCUGUGGCCUAGGCAGCCAUAGUGGUGUGUUUCUAUUCUAUGAAAGAUGAGCAAAAUUCUAGGGUGGGAAAAAGAUGCAAAAGUUGAGAGCGGGCUCACCAGUCAGAAGCCGAUUUCGAUAUAUAUAAUUAUGGGGAAAGUGCUGAGAACUUCAGCUGACUGGCUGAAUUGAACUCUGAGAAUGACAGUCUGACCUUCUGCAGCUGUUUUAAAUUAAUGCCAUUUGAUGUCUUACUGCCACUUACAUAAUGUGUGUGUGGUGUAUGUAUAUAGGAUAGUUCAGGAAUCCACUCUGAGGAAGAUGUUUAAAAGAGCUCUCUCCAAGUUGAUAGUUUCCUUAGACCUCUCCCUGCCCUUCCCUUCACAUGUUUGUUAGCUAAAUUGUGGCAGUAUAUUAGUUUCUGAAGAGAUGGUAAGCAUUGACUCUAGGGUAUGUUAAGGCACUGCAUAAUAGUGGGCAGUGCAUAAAUAUUAGAUAAUGAUUCACACCAUUGCUUUCAGUGACCAUUUCAGUUUAUAAUCGUGGUAGGGGAAAUAAGUUAAAGAGAGCUCAAACCUGAUAAGGUAAAGAUGCCAGUUCUCUGCAGUGAAGGGAGGUAUGUUGGAAAACACAGCUGUGGGGGUGUAAUCUUUUUUUAAAUUUUUUCCCUUUCUUAUACCUAAAAAUCCUCUAGGAUGGGAUAAUUCUUCUUCAAAAUGACUGAUGUAUUCCAGGCUUGAAUUGGAUUCAAGAUGCACAUUGCAGGUCUGCACUGCGUCCACUGGGGUCAUUUUGCCAAUCCACCGAUAAAGUCUGACUGAAGUGUCUCUAAAGCACAGCCCUCUCCUCUGUGGAAAUAUAAGGAUUCCUGAGCCACAGAAUGAGGGAUACAAUUGGUCCAAUCAACUUUAUUUUUUUUUAGGCUAAAGAAAACUUCAAGAUAGUUUUUAAUUGUUACACAGUUUGUACAGACUGCACAAAGUGAGAGGGAAUAUGUGGACUGAUGGUCUUUUUAAACACUUGUUAGGGAGUUGUGCUGUUUAGAAAAGAUUCGAUAGCUCUUUGUAGUUUCUCACUUCGUCUCUCCUAGAUUUAAUGUUUGGUGUGAGCCCAGUCCUGCAGCCUUUACUGUGGCAAUCCUUCCAUUGGCUCCAGUGGGAUUUAAGCACAACCUUAGGUACUUUGCUGAAUCAGAGCCUGAGUAAGGGCUGCAGAAUCAGGCUGUAAAUCACAAAGGGCUAAAUUCUGGACUCAUUGAAGUCAAGGGGAGUUUUGCCCCUGAGAUCAGAAUUUAGCACUCAAGCCAGCCAGCAUGGCUUAUAAGAUUCCCAUUGUUUUGGAAGACCCAUUGACCACCAGUUUGUGGUGGUUAAAUAUUUGAGUUUUAUACCCUGCCUGAAUGCAAACCUUAGAUUUUUAAACUGUUUUACUGUUCUGUCCCAUUCAGCCAUCAAACCCUUUAGUUUCCCUGCAUUGUCACAUUGGCAUGUUUCUUAAAGUGGGGUUUGGGGGAGGGGGGAAGGGAGCAGGUGAAUGGUGAUGCCUGAGAAAUGUUUCUUGGGUAGAGGCAGGAAAUGCCUAGCACACAGCAGACUUUAUAGUAUGUUUUUUCUGUUUCUGUAAAUAGUCAUGUAUAAAUGACAGAGCAGUGUGGAAAUUAUUAAAAGAAAAAAAAAGUCUCUUCUGUUGUUGUUUUUAUAUUACCUCAUUCAGCAAGUUUGUUUUACAAUGACGCAAUGAUGCUUUAUUUAUAUUGUUUGUACUGUAAUUAAAACAAUUGACAGACAUUUCACUUUGCUUGUUGUUUCAUAUGAUCUUGUUUUGAUUAAAUAUGCUGGUUUGUAUUAUGUUUCCCCUCAACCCUUGCUCCACCUUGAGAUUUUUGUGUCAGCUGUACAGUAUUCUGAGUUUUUAAGAAAAAUGUAAAGUAAUGCAGAGAGGGACUGCCAUACUGUAUAGGUCUCUUUCUAAUAAAGAUGACAAAACAUA